AUGGGCUCCUCAACUCCGGCUGCGGACCAAAGACCCCAAACAAGUGGUGAUAUCCGUAACGGAAAAGCGAAGAGGAAGACCAGCAAAGAUAAGUCUGCACCGGAACAUCCAACCCAAGAGUCAGCCGAGCACCCUACGAACAAAGCCAAGUCACUGGAAGCUGUUAAAACACAAUCGGAUGUGGAAAUGGCUGCUGCAGCACCAUCUGGAACCCGAGCAACUGCCAAACCUGGAGAAGGAGGUAGACUUGAAGCUGGAGCGGAUGCAAAUGUUGCUGUGCCGGGUCGUAAGCAAGGGGAUCCAAACGCAGGCAGGAACCCUAUUGUGCGCUUUAUUCUACAGCUUUUCAAGCCAAAAUUCCGCUACAUCAGGGAUCUCUACCCGAUCAUGUUCGGACUGGAUGUUUUGGCAUUCCUAAUUAUUGCGUUUGGUUAUUCGUCUUUUGGUGAAGGUGGAUCAGGAAAUGUCAUCGGUGAUAUUCAGGCAAGUCGGAUUCCACUGACGUUCGUCGUGAUGCUGAUCGUCAUGACGUUAAUGAUUGUAAUCGAUCGCGCUUUGUAUCUUCGUAAAUGGGUUUAUGGAAAACUCGCCUACCAAUUGUUAAUGAUCGUGUUCCUUCACAUAUGGAUCUUCUUCUUAUUACCGUAUCUCACUCGACGCUCUGCAAUGGAGAAUACCGUAGCACAGGCGUUGUACGUGGUGAAAUGUUUGUACCUCUUGGUUUCGGCAUGGCAAAUUCGUAACGGCUACCCGCAACUCUGCACAGGCAACCUCCUUACCCAUGCCUAUGGCUUGGCGAAUAUGAUUUUCUUCAAAAUAUUCAUGCUGGUGCCAUUCCUGUUCGAACUUCGCACAGCGAUUGAUUGGACCUGGACGGAUACGUCGAUGCCAUUAUUUGAUUUCUUCAACAUGGAGAAUUUCUAUGCUACAAUUUAUAAUUUGAAAUGUGCACGACAGUUUGAACAGAGUUAUCCGUCACCAAGAGGAGAACCGAAAGGUGUUGUCGUGAAGUACAUGAUGGGACUGCCAAUGAUUCUGCUUAUAGUUUUCCUCGUUUGGUGUCCGUUACUGGCGUUUUCGUUGAUGAACCGAAUAGGUGAUAUCUCGAUUCCUGACCGAGUACGACUAACGAUGUCGCUGGAGGGUUACCCGCCCCUGUACGAGAUCGAAGCCCAGGGAUCUGAGUUACGAUCAAUGACAGCGGACGAGCAGAAGUAUCUGACGGAUACAAUGAGUCGAAGGUAUUUCCCAUCGCCGAACAGUACCGAUUCCAUGAAGCGAUCGCGUGAUAGUGUGUCGUUUUUGAAGGAGUAUACAACAAGCGAUAUACUGGUAGUUAACUUCCGUCCGGAGUCUGAAGUAGCAUGGGGAAUAUCCGAGGCGUCACGUGUUGCACUGAUUCAACAGCUGAAAGGCAAUUCAUCGAUAAACUUCAUCGUAGCAGUGGAAUUCUCUCGACCAUAUGAUGAAAAGAAGAAGGAAGUGCAGAAACAUGCCACCCAAUGGUCUAUCGAAUUCAAAGGAGAUGACAAACAACGCAAAGAAUGGGUUGCAAUCCUGGAAAGUCAGGGUGGACAGACGGUAUGCUUUAUUCACUCUGAGAACUUCUAUUUUUCUAAUAAACGAUAUCAAACUCUCCGCCUGUCCCUCCCUGGUAGUGUCGGAAGACUUCUCAUCCUUACCCGUUAG